CGGCCAGCUCGCGGGUGCCCCGGGGGCCCGACGCCCGGCUAGGCUUCCCCUCGCGCUCCCGCUACCCACAAGCCCCCGCGCCUGGGCGCGCAGGCGCAGCGGCGACGGCCGUCUCAGGAAGAGGAAAAUGGAAUAAACAACUCGGAGGAACUAGAGCGCGAGGGAGCGAGUGGAGGCAGAAUUUAAAAAUAAACCGGCCCCUCCGCCCUCCCCGCCCGUUCGCCGCCGCCGCUCCCCCUACCCCAGCCCGCGCCCUCGAAGUCCCCGUCUGGGCCCGCGCGCCCACCCCGUCGUCCCGCGCGGCCCCUUUAAGAAAAGAGAACGAGCGAGUGAGUGAGAGAGAAUCCCAACUCUCCCCCUUCCUCCCCUCUCCCCUCCCCCCUCUCCCCGGGCGGCUCCGGCUCCCGCAGCGGGACAGACCCACCCGCUCAGGCUUUUCUCCGGCACCGGCAGCGUCUUCCUUCCCUCCCCGGUCUAUGGUGGCGGCGGCUCCUCGGGCGGCAGCGGAAGACGAGGCUGCGGCGUUGCCAUGAACAGUGGCGGCGGCCUCCCGCCCCCCUCGGCCGCCGCCUCCUCUUCCUCCUCCUCGCUGGCGGCGGCAGUGGCGGUGGUGGCCCCGCCGGGGGUCGGAGGUGUCCCCGGCGGGGCGGCGGCGGGAGUGAAGCUCAAGUACUGCCGCUACUACGCCAAGGAUAAGACGUGCUUCUACGGGGAGGAGUGUCAGUUCCUGCAUGAGGACCCGGCCGCCGGAGCUGCCCCGGGCCUCGGCCUCCAUAGCAACAGCGUCCCCCUGGCUCUGGCGGGCGCGCCCGUGGCCGGCUUUCCGCCUGGAGCGGUCCCGGGCGGGGGAGCCGGGCCGCCCCCCGGGCCCAAGAAGCCGGACCUGGGGGGCCCGGGGGCAGGAGCGGCGGUCGGCGGCGGAGGCGGCAGCGGGGUCCUCGACGGACCGCGGCUGGCAAUUCCUGGAAUAGAUGGAGGAGCUUUAACUGAUUCGAGUCUCACAGAUUCCUAUUUCAGCACCAGCUUUAUUGGAGUUAAUGGAUUUGGAAGCCCCGUAGAAACAAAGUAUCCCUUGAUGCAGAGAAUGACUAAUAGUAGCAGCUCCCCAAGCCUUUUAAAUGACAGUGCCAAGCCAUAUGCAGGCCAUGAUCCUCUAAUUUCACCUGCUUCAUCCUUGUUUAAUGACUUUGGUGCCCUCAACAUCUCUCAGAGAAGAAAGCCAAGGAAGUGUCGCCUGGGGAUGCUGGAGGAGAGGCUAGUUCCGAUGGGAUCAAAGGCACGAAAAGCAAAGAACCCUAUUGGCUGCCUUGCUGACAGGUGUAAAUCAGGAGUACCCAUCAAUAUGGUUUGGUGGAACAGAGUCACAGAAAACAAUUUACAGACACCAAAUCCUACUGCAAGCGAGUUUAUUCCUAAAGGAGGAUCAGCCUCCAGGCUGAGUAACGUGUCCCAGUCACAUAUGUCUGCCUUCUCUCAAGUGUUCUCUCACCCGUCCCUGGGAACUCCUGCUGCUGCUGCAUUAGCACCAGGAAUGUCACUGUCUGCUGGGUCUUCCCCGCUUCAUUCCCCUAAGAUCACUCCACACACGUCCCCUGCUCCCAGGAGAAGAAGUCACACUCCAAAUCCAGCAAGUUACAUGGUGCCUUCCAGUGCCUCUACACCUGUUAACCAUCCGGUUCCCCAGACUCCGUCCUCCGGCCAGGUCAUCCAGAAGGAGACCGUUGGCGGGACCACCUACUUCUACACGGACUCGACCCCGGCCCCUGUGGGCUCAGCGAGAUCUUUCAAAAAUUAUCACAGAACAGCUUGCCGAACAGAAGGUCAAAUAAUUGAGGUAUUUCCAAACUAUCAUAUUUAUCCCCCAACUGCACCUCACGUUGCUUACAUGCAGCCGAAAGCAAAUGCCCCUUCCUUCUUCAUGGCUGAUGAGCUCCGACAGGAGCUCAUUAACAGACACUUAAUAACGAUGGCUCAAAUUGAUCAAGCAGAUAUGCCAGUCCCUACAGAAGUUGACAGCUACCAUAGCCUAUUCCCUCUAGAACCACUGCCACCACCCAACCGGAUACAGAAAUCAAGUAAUUUUGGCUACAUCACGUCUUGCUACAAAGCUGUAAACAGCAAAGAUGAUCUGCCGUAUUGCCUUCGGAGGAUACACGGUUUUCGUCUUGUUAACACAAAGUGCAUGGUAUUGGUUGAUAUGUGGAAAAAAAUUCAGCACUCAAAUAUUGUAACCUUGCGGGAAGUAUUUACCACUAAAGCUUUCUCAGAGCCUUCUCUGGUGUUUGCGUAUGAUUUCCAUGCUGGAGGAGAGACCAUGAUGAGCAGGCACUUCAACGACCCGAAUGCCGAUGCCUAUUUCACAAAGAGAAAAUGGGGUCAGCAUGAUGGGCCCUUGCCCAGACAGCAUGCUGGGUUAUUGCCAGAAUCUCUUAUUUGGGCAUAUAUUGUCCAACUGAGUUCUGCAUUACGAACCAUUCAUACAGCGGGUUUGGCGUGUCGAGUUAUGGACCCAACAAAGAUUCUGAUAACCGGCAAAACGAGGUUGCGAGUAAAUUGUGUCGGAGUUUUUGAUGUUUUAACAUUUGAUAACAGUCAGAAUAAUAAUCCAUUGGCAUUAAUGGCUCAAUACCAGCAAGCAGAUCUGAUAUCAUUAGGAAAAGUUGUGUUGGCUUUGGCUUGCAACUCUUUGGCAGGAAUUCAGCGAGAAAAUUUACAGAAAGCCAUGGAACUGGUGACAAUCAACUACUCCUCUGACCUGAAGAAUCUGAUUUUAUACUUGUUGACUGACCAAAACAGGAUGCGAAGUGUAAAUGACAUCAUGCCCAUGAUUGGUGCUCGAUUUUAUACUCAAUUGGAUGCUGCUCAGAUGAGAAACGAUGUCAUAGAGGAAGACCUUGCGAAGGAGGUUCAGAAUGGAAGACUGUUUAGGCUUCUAGCAAAAUUGGGAACCAUCAAUGAGAGGCCGGAGUUUCAGAAGGAUCCCACCUGGUCAGAGACUGGAGACCGUUAUCUGUUGAAACUCUUUAGGGAUCAUCUUUUCCAUCAGGUGACAGAAGCGGGUGCUCCUUGGAUUGACCUCAGUCAUAUCAUUUCUUGUCUUAACAAGUUAGAUGCUGGUGUGCCAGAAAAAAUAAGCCUCAUUUCCAGAGAUGAGAAGAGUGUACUUGUUGUGACUUACAGUGACUUAAAGCGAUGCUUUGAAAAUACUUUUCAAGAACUGAUUGCAGCUGCAAAUGGUCAGUUGUAGUAUUUGCCGAAAAAACAAACACACACACACAGGCGGGAUAUGGCUGAGGAGCUUAGCCUAGAGCAAAUUGCACUACAGCUGAACUGUUCUCAUCGUCUCAUGUCACGUCUGGGAAACAGGCAGAAGAUGAGCAGAGCUGCUUGCACUUGGGUCAGGUGCGCUGUUACUUGAAAGGAAGAAUGUUUCGCUUGCCCUGGCGCUGUGGCUGCUGGUGGGGCCACGUCCGUGAAGACCUGCUUUUAGAUUAAGGAGCCCCAUGAGGGGAAUGAUGUUCCAGUUUUCAUUUUUUCCACUUGUAUAUGCACUAAUUUUAAUUUUUUUAAAGACUUUUUUCGGAUCUUUGAACUUUUGCCACAUUGUAUACUUAUUAAGGGAAACAUUUGCAAAGACAUUUUGGAGAACCAAUGCUGGGCAGCAUUUUUGUCACUCAGGGGGGCGGAAUGUGCUCUUCGGGGGAUGGGUUGCCCUGACCACCGUGAGGGACCAGGUCGAUGAUUUCCUGGGAGUACAGUCUAGUGCUUGAUUCUCCUCAGAGUACUGUAUGCCAGCUCUGUAUGCCACCCGCUGUUACUUCAAAUGCAGAUUUGUGUUUGGUGUUUCCGUUUUGUUUUUCAGAACACACAAAGAGAACGACCAGUGAGUUGUUGGAUAUGAAUCCC